CAAUCCGUGCUAUAAUCUACGCUAUUUGUAGCAAAUGUGUUAACAUAUUAACUGAAUGAAGGCCUGUCUGUAGGAUUCGGGAUCGUAGCGAAAUCGUUGUGUAUUUAUUAUGGUCGAGCAAUCGAACGGACGGGGGUCGUAGCGCGAGGGGUGGUUCGAUUGCUUUCCAAAUGCUUCACAAGACGUGUCAACAAAAGCUUGCUAUGUACAUGUUGAGUCCCCGAUGUCCAAUCGACAGCGCUUGCGAGCAUAAAUAACGUAGUUCACAUAGUUCAUCUAGAGCCAAAGUGUCUAUCAUUGCGAUUUAGGUGUCAAAGUAGGACUUUAGAUGCCGAAAGAUCAACAUUUUAGUUUUUUCUGCUUCGGGCACGAUUUUCAAAUUAGAAUCGAGCUGCCAAACAGACAGGUCGCCUCCGAACGCUGCUUGCACAGUGGGUCCUUAGCUUGUAAAAAAAUAUCAUCACGCUAAUUUAACUCCCGUUCAGAGGGGUCAAUCGCGCAAGGAUGUAUGCACGCUAACCGACUUAAAAGCAGCCGUAUAAAUUCCGUUUCGAGCACACGCUUGCGGUCUAGCUUGGGAAUGUUCAAUAGUGAUAUAAACGAAAACUGGCCCAUGAUGAAUAUUUCGGCAAAUGGACCAGCCUUGUGGAAAUAAGGAUACUUCCAACAAGAUUGUAUAGUUGUACUUUGCUCUGGUCUAGCAGUAACAGUCAUCCUUUCUGCAUGAUAUCUCGAAAUCUAAAUUGUUUGGGGCGGCCGGUAUUUUACCCUAUUUGUACUUUACAAGAUGGCGUGCUACGUUUCAAUCUUCUAAUUAUAAUAAAGUAGCUGAUGUCGAAUAAAAAUAUUUUAUGUACUUAUGAAAUGCAUCUAUUAGAAUAGCGUUGUGCAUGCAAAGCAGGGUCACUUUUCACGUAGAUCGCUUGUCUGUGGGGGACUAAGCGAAUGACCUUUUCGUAUGUGACACUAUUUUUUGUGUUAUGGGGAUAUUUGGGUCAAACUUGCUACUGUUUUGAGGGUCUUUUCACACCUUAUAUUUAAGGUGUUAUAAAUCUUAGAUUCAUAAGUGCUGAUAAUUACAGAUAUACAAACAUAUCUCACAAAUGAUAUCGCUUGAACGCACAUUCACACCUCAGGUUGAAAAAAAAACUCUAGAAUAAAAGUUUUUCACACUUCAUAAAUGUAUUUUUUUUGUCAUACUCAUUUAUAAACUAUAUACAAAUAACACCGAUUAUAUAAUAGAAAGACAAUAAAGACGUUUCCAUCCAGCCUACCUUCAAUAGGCAAUUUAAAGAAAAAUAUAUGUUUCUCUAGGUAUUUUUUUUCUGGCUAUGUUUAUUGUGAUUCCAUACACAGCUAUAAGCUUGAACCCCUGCAGAAGUUUGCAUUAGCUAAACAAUGGCACUGCUCUUGCCUGUGGUACUACAUAAGUUAAAGGUUAAUUCGGGAGCCUAGCACGUGUAGGUGCACCAAGUUAUUCACACAUAAGACACUCACAAAGUGGGAAAUUGCUGUAGUCUUUUCAAGGAAAGGAUGUUUUAAGUUAGCAUGAUAUGGCUGUAUAUGAAUAAUUAACUCUAUGCAAAAUUAGAGCUUCCAGUUAUUGUCAUAGAAGUUUGAAUCAGCAUAAUAUGCGUAAUGUUCUGCCCAGUGCAUUAUCACAAGGACACCCAGUGUUUCGCUACACAACAAAUUCACUCAACUAAAACAGUGUGUCACUCGUAUUUUUUGGAUAGAUUUAUUUUGAGCCUAAAUAUUAUGGUGCUCUGAAAAAAAAAUCAAUAUUUAGACACUACUGAAGUCAGAAUGCUUGAAUAUUUUUUAACAAACUUGAGAAAACCCCCUCAGCAUUUCUUGGAGAAGGCAUAUCAUCCAUGGAGAACACAUCAUAUAUCAGGAAUAGAUCACACCAGUCUAAUGUUCCAUGUUGGAGCAUCAGGUCAUAAUGAGGCACAGUCAGAGGAAGAUGAUGAACCUGAUAUAUUCCAAUGUGGGCGUUGCCGCCAGAUGUAUACCAACCUGCAGAAGUACUUAAAGCAUAAAUCAUCUAGGGAGUGCAGACAGAAAUCUGCUACUCACUCAACUGUCACAAGUCCUGGCUUUAGUGACCCUGGGAAUAUCGAAUUUGGCGAAGAAAACAAUUUUGUCCAAAGCCCGCCAAAGAGGAAACAUGAUCGUAAGGGUAUAGCGAGACGAGUUUCCAACGUUCCCGAGUCCGACCCUGCCUCGGAUCCUCCAAGCCCUGACAUCCCUGUGGUGGUCCCGGACCACAGACCCUUCGCGAUCGUGUCGCACGCGGGGCCACCCGGCCUCACUCCCGUUUGCUCCGUGGUUAAUGGUAUCCCAAGUCCCAUUCCGCGCUCGGUCAAUCAGGCCUUCGGCUCACGUGUCCCCCCGUUAAAGAGUCCCACUGAGAGAGGCCCAGUGUACAGUAGACCCGAAGUGCCCCAACAGCGAGGGCCUUCGAUGGCCUCCCCGCAUCCUUACACUCUGCCCUUUGUGACGUCACAGCCAUCACCGGUUCAUCACGUGAUCAUCAAUAACCCCAUGCCUCCGAGUCAUCUCCUUCCCGCACAUGGCUGGCCACGCCCCACGAUAGCGGUAGACCCGCACUUCACUAACGACAAGGAGCCGAGCAUGGGUGCCGCUCAUACGUCGCUACAAGUUCGGGGAGACGGGAAAAUGCCACGAAGGUCUGAGCACUCGACACCGCUACCUCAGCCGCAGCCACAACAACCACCACCACAAGCGGUACCUUUAGAUUCGUCUGGCCAACCAGUAGUUGUACAUCUCAAGGAGAGAGGGCGACCAAUACGCCCCAAGGAGACAGGCCUGACAGAGGAAGAGCUUACUCAAGAGAUCAUCACAUCCUCCGGCCAGAAGAUAUUUAAAUGCAAAAAGUGCGAGAAAGAGUUCAGCUUUUCCAGCCGCCUGAAGAGGCACCUUCUCGUGCAUACGGGCGCGCGGCCCUUCGAGUGCCCUAUCUGUUUCCGUCGCUUCACGCAGGCCGUGGAUCUUAAGCGUCACAUGCUGAGGCACAGCGGGCAAAAGCCGCACGUCUGCCAGUACUGCGGUAAACAGUACACUCGUGGCGAUAGGCUCAAGGUGCACCUUUUGAGUCAUACCGAAGGUGGUCCCCUAGCCAACCACGCCCUAGUCCCAAAGCCAUACAACUGCUCACGCUGCAGCAUGACGUUUGAAGACGCCGAAGAGCUCUACGUGCACACCUGUGAUUUUAACCAAGACGGAUCCAAGCCACUGGACAUAGACGUCAAGGGCGAAGACAGCAACAGUCAACUAAACGACGAGGAUUCACUGGAUUCUACAGGCAGAUAUGAGGGCAAGGCUAAGGCUUAUCGCUGCGAUGAAUGCCACUCGACUUUCACUAAAUCCACGUCUUUGAAGUCGCAUCUCCUCAAGCAUACAGGAGAGAAGAAGUUCAAGUGUGCUCACUGCCCGAAAACGUUCUUCAGCUCAAGCAGUUUGAAGAUUCAUGUUCGAGUCCACACAGGAGAUCGUCCUUUCAAAUGCAAGGAGUGUCCCAGAAAGUUUAGCGACCCUUCCAAUUUCAAUAAGCACAAAAGAUGGCAUGCCAAGCAAGCAGCUCACGGAGGCUUUGGUAACUACACCAUGCACGUACUGAAGACACCCGAGACAGGACAAGUGGUGGGACAUGAGGGGGAUUCACCACCAGAUAAGAAACUUUGCGUAGAAGCUGACUCUCCAUCUGAAAGAGGGCAGUCUGUCGACGAAAGCUCAGAAAAUACAGGUGCACCUACUCCUGAAGGGAGCGAUAGCUUGUUCCAGGAGGAGGAUGAUGAAGAUGAAGAUAUUUCGGUUGAUGAUGAUGAUAGUCAAGUGGCGAGCUUUGCAUCUCCUGAAGUUCUUGUGGGGAUGACUGAGAACAGCAGACAAACAUCAGAACCUGAAGAACCAGAACCCGUUCCACAUGAAGAGGAAAGCAAACCUGGACAAGAGGGAGCUAAGGAAAAUGGGGAAGAGUCGGAUAAUGUGCUAGUGAAAGAGGAAAAAAUGGAAUCUUAGAUUUUAGCCAAUCCAAUGGGUUUUAACACAUUCAUCCCCAUUAACAAUAUAUGGGUAUGGUAGGGAUAUUUUAAGAUGUGGUCAGGUCUUACUGCUCACAUUUUAUUAUUGAGCUAAGAUACAUAGAUAUCUGCUAAGUUGGGUUCCACUGUAUUCUAUCAUUAUCUAAUCUAACUUGUUUCCAUAUGAUGAUAAAUAGUAUAUUUUUCAUUUAUAAUGAUUAGUAUAAUUUUCAAUCAUAUAAACGGAUAGCAGUAGUUUAUGAUCAUAUGAAGUAACAUUGUGAUAUCAGAGAAAUAUCUUUUUUAAGGAAAUUUCAUCUGUUUGGUCGUGCCGGCAUGUACAAAUAUAUCUUUAACCUUACACCUAACUAAGAUAAGCUUCUGGUUAACACCUGCUGUCAUACAGCUUAACACAGUAGGCUUUGAAGAGGUUCUAGGUGCAAUAGAGGCAAAUAGUAAUCCAUAUAUAUCCAUAUAUAUCCAUAUAUAUCAAGUGUGUCAAUUGUUAAUCAUAACAUAUAAGUAAAUAUAUAUUCAUAGAGAUAGUAUAGAAGCCUUUCGGCUUCAGUAGUUUGUGUAUUCAAAAAAAACCUUAGGUAAAACCUGCAGUGAAUAUAGUUCAUCAUUGCCAAGCAAAUGCACAUUAGUUCACAAUCAUUCAUAACAUUUGGUGUUUAGAUUUUAUAGUAUGGUUUUGUUAUAAAAGGAAUGACACAUUGGAGAUGUGGAUGGUAAAUGAAUUAGGUUUAAAAAACCCAGAUAUGAUAUAUACUUUUUAGAUAUAAAUAUAUAAUCAUUUUAAAUCAUCUUUGGUCGUGUCGAUUUAAAAGUUUGUUUAGUUAGUUUUGGUAUAUCGGUUGUCCUAAUUAUUGCACAACUUUUUAGAUGUCACAACCAUUAGUUUAUAGUGUUUUGGAUAGCACAAAUGAUCAUGGCUUAUAAAGAUGUUAUGAUGGGGUUAAUAAUUUCAUGACUGGUGCAAGGUGAUCUUGUUCCAUAUCUUUCACUCAAAGCCAACUCAUGUAAAUGCAUGAAGCAAAGCUUCUGCAUUGCAUAAAAAUAGUGUUUUUAGUAAAAAAUAUAACAUUAUAUAUCAAAUAGUAGUGUGCCAUUUUUAAUUAGUAGUUUAGUUAAAGUUUUUAUGUAAUCACUUCUAAGCUUACUGAUGUAUCAAUCCCUCCAAACAUGCCGAUAUCACACAACAGAUAUCUAUAUAAUUUCCAGAUUAGACAAUAAAUAUUUAAUCUUGUCUUGGAAUAACAAGGUUAUCGUAACUCUGUAAAAGGUCACUAAAAGAAACUUCAAAACACAACCAAAUCUUUUUUCGGAGAUUUGUUAGAAUACUUAACUAUUUACUUACUCUAUUUUUGUACAUUAUUCUGAUUAUAUACUAUACUCUUUAAAAAAUGAGUAUAUCUUUAUUUGAAAUCGAUGGAUAUGAUAUACAGUAUAUGUAUAUAUAAAUGCACAGCUUGCAGCCUUGCAACUUUUGUCUGCUGAUAUUUAAUUAAUGGUACUGUAUUGUUUCUUAUUUUAACUCGUUCUGAAAUUAAUAAAAUUCUGAUUAAUUUAAAGCUUGCACGAAAGAAUGAGGUGGAUUGAUAAAACAGGUACAAAGACUGAAUUUUCUGAUAAAGUAUUUUUUAUCAUUAUUUGUGCCAAGCUUUAAUCAAUUCAGCUAACUCAGCAAUACAUCAGUUCAGCUUACAGUUUAAUCAUCGAAAAAGUUUAUGUGCACCUAUUUCUUACUAUUGUUACCCAUAAAUUCAUAUUUAGUCAAUAGAAUAUAGUUACCCUCCUAAUCCCAUCCAUUUGGGACUACAAAAUGGGAAUUGCAUCGUGUUGUUAAAGUGAAACAUUGCAACAAUAAACAUACUAUUUUAUAAAA